ACCACUUCACUGCACAACACUCUCUAGCGCACGCGCAACACAUACAGCACAUCUAUAGAGUCACUACGAUAAACAGCCAUCAUGCCCAAGAAUAAGGGAAAGGGAGGCAAGAACCGAAGACGAGGCAAGAACGAGAACGACAAUGAGAAGCGCGAGUUGACCUUCAAGGAGGAAGGCCAAGAAUAUGCCCAAGUCGUAAAGAUGCUCGGAAACGGCCGUCUAGAAGCCCUCUGCUUCGACGGCACGCGCCGUCUCGCGCACAUCCGCGGAAAGCUACGCAAAAAGGUCUGGAUCAAUCAAGGAGAUAUCAUUCUGCUUUCGCUGCGUGAUUACCAGGACGAGAAGGGAGAUGUCAUUCUCAAGUACACCGCCGACGAAGCCCGCUCCCUAAAAGCCUACGGUGAACUCCCCGACCACGCCAAGAUCAACGAGACCGACACGUACGGCGACGAAGGCGACCAAGGCAUCGGCUUCGAAUUCGACGAGGACCGCAGCGAGAGCGGCGAGGAGAAGGGCGAAGUCGAUAUCGACGAGAUUUAAGGGGUGGCGUGUCGUUGUCCGCCAUGCUGUGCGGGGACUCCUCUAAGCCAUCGAAAGCGCUGCUGGUGCGAUUCUGUUUCAUCUGCGGACUUGGACGGGCGCUUUCAUCGGCUCUUUAAAAGAGAGGGUUCUCUUGCGCGGCUCAAAUGCUGCACCACAAGGCGCGUGCGGGCGGAAGAUCUGGUGGUGGAUAUGUUAUCUUCUUUCUUUUUGCUAUCGGGUUUGACGGCGUGGAGUUUGGCAGAUUGGGCUUAUGACGGGGUUAUGUAGCUCUUCACAUGUCUAGCUGCAUCAAAAUUCAUGGCGUAAUACCUUAAUCGUAAAUCGAAACCGUUUCAGU